ACCAGCAUCUCCAUUGAGAUCCGGUAUCAGGCUCUGGACGGGACAGUAGGCACAUGGAGUGACAAGGAGUUCCUGGAGACUCCCAGUGUGCACUCAGAGGGGGAUGGCAGAUGCCCCUUGGAGACAGACAGCCUCCUCUCCAGCCACCAGCAGGGCCUGGACAUCUCUCCAGGGAAAUCCAACCAGCAAUCCAUGGAGAGGAGCUUCAGGAGAGCUGGGAAAGGAGUGUUUUCAGCCAUGAAGCUUGGCAAGGCACGUCCCUCGAAGGAUGAGCAUCGGAAACAAGAUGAACCUGCUGUGCUGGAGACAGAGGACCUGGACCGAAGAGCCAUGAGAUAUGGAGGUGGAUUUGAGCCAGACACCAUCUCCUUGGCCUCUGUCACAGCUGUCACCACCAAUGUCUCCAAUAAGAGAUCCAAGCCUGACAUCAAAAUGGAGCCAAGUGCUGGGAGGCCAAUGGAUUACCAGGUCAGCAUCACCAUCAUCGAGGCUCGGCAGCUGGUUGGGCUCAACAUGGACCCUGUGGUGUGUGUGGAAGUUGGGGAGGAAAAGAAAUACACAUCCAUGAAGGAAUCAACCAAUUGCCCUUACUACAAUGAGUACUUUGUCUUCGACUUCCACGUCCCCCCAGACGUCAUGUUCGACAAGAUCAUCAAGUUGUCUGUAAUCCACUCAAAGAACCUCCUGCGCAGUGGGACCUUAGUGGGAUCCUUCAAGAUGGACGUGGGAACUGUUUAUUCCCAACCUGAGCACCAGUUCUACCACAAAUGGGCCAUCCUGUCUGACCCUGAGGACCUCACUGCCAGCCUGAAAGGUUACGUGAAGUGUGACAUCGCCGUGGUGGGGAAAGGAGACAACAUCAAGACACCACACAAGGCCAAUGAGACAGAUGAGGAUGAUAUUGAAGGGAACCUCCUCCUCCCUGAUGGAGUCCCUCCAGAGAGGCAAUGGGCUCGUUUCUACGUCAAGAUCUACCGAGCAGAAGGUCUGCCCAGGAUGAACACCAGCAUCAUGGCCAAUGUCAAGAAGGCUCUCAUUGGGGAGAACAAAGACCUGGUAGACCCCUACGUGCAGGUGGUCUUUGCUGGGCAGAAGGGGAAGACAUCAGUGCAGAAAAGUUGCUAUGAGCCUCUCUGGAAUGAGCAAAUCGUCUUCACAGAGAUGUUCCCUCCCCUGUGCAAGAGGAUAAAGGUCCAGAUCCGAGACUCAGACAAGGUCAAUGACGUGGCCAUUGGGACACAUUUUAUUGACCUGAGGAAGAUCUCUAACGAAGGAGACAAAGGCUUCCUGCCCACCUUUGGCCCUGCCUGGGUGAACAUGUAUGGCUCCACACGGAACUACACCCUGAUGGAUGAGCACCAGGAGCUCAAUGAGGGCCUGGGAGAAGGUGUCUCCUUUCGGGCCAGGCUUUUGAUGAGCCUUGCUGUGGAGAUCUUGGACACCACCAACCCUGAGAUCAACAGCUCCACCGAAGUGCAGGUCGAGCAGGCCACAGCAGUUGCUGAUAACUGCACUGGGAAGAUGGAAGAAUUCUUCCUCUUUGGAGCCUUCCUGGAAGCCACCAUGAUUGACAGGAAGAUUGGUGACAAACCCAUCCACUUCGAGGUCACCAUAGGUAACUAUGGCAACCAGGUGGAUGGCAUGAGCAAACCCAUCCUGAGGAGGAAGAAAGAGGGAGGGAAUGGGGAUGAGGAGGAGUCUGAGCUGCUCCAGAACUCCAGUGAGGAUGAAGGUGAUGAGGAUGGAGAGCUGGUCUCUGUUUCUUCCUCCCAACCCAUGAAGCCUCUGGUCACAGACAGGUAA